AACAAUCUCCAUCCCCCGCAAAAAAAAACUCUAAUUCCGUCCUUGGUCAUUUCAUCCAUGGCAUUUCUGUCCAUUCCUACCAUUUUCUGUGGAGCUGCUCCUGCAAUUCUAUCUCGUUACUCGACUCCAUCACCAUACUAUUUUCUUCAACUAGAAAUCCCCAAUCAGUAUUCAUUGCAGCUGAAGCCAUCCUCCAGACUAAACCUAUCGGCAUUAUGCACGAGUUACGAGGUCGGCGCAGGAUUUUUGGCGGAGGAAUUCGGAGCUCAAAAUGGAAGAAUGGAAAAUAGUGGACCUGAAAUUGGAGAUUUUGAUACUUCUCAGUAUCAAGUUCUUCUUAAAGGUGGUGAACAAGUUACCUCCGUCCUUGAAGAAAUGGCCAAGCUAUUGGAAGAUAUGAAGAUGGAUGAAGCAUCUGAGGAGGUAGCAGUGCAAUUGGCUGCACAAGGAGUGAUUGGGAAAAGAGUUGAUGAAAUGGAGUCCGGGUUCAUGAUGGCCCUUGAUUACAUGAUCCAAAUUGCUGACAAGGACCAGGAUGACAAGCGCAAAUCACUCUUGGAAGUUAUCAAGGAGACUGUGUUAUCCCAUCUUACCAAGAAGUGCCCCCCUCAUGUUCAAGUCGUAGGCCUGCUCUGUAGAACUCCCCAAAAAGAAAGCAGACAUGAAUUGCUCAGGCGAGUAGCUGGUGGUGGUGGAGUAUUUCAAAGUGAGAAUGGAACAAAAGUCCAUCUUCCUGGGGCAAAUUUGAAUGAUAUAGCUAACCAAGCGGAUGAUAUUCUGGAGACAAUGGAAUCUCGUUCUGUUAUCCCUGACAGGAAGUUACUAGCAAGGUUGGUUUUAAUCAGAGAAGAAGCUAGGAACAUGAUGGGAGGUGGAAUACUUGACGAAAGAAAUGAUCGUGGCCUUAAUAUUCUUCCUGAAUCAGAGGUGAACUUUUUAACUAAACUUGUUUCCCUAAGACCAGGGAAAACAGUACGCGACAUGAUAAAAGACGUGAUGCUUGGUAAAGAAGAAGGUGCAGACAGUUCGGAUGAUGAAGUUGGUGCUGCUGGUGGAAUUGCAGGAAGGGCAAGUGUAAGUGGGCGAAAACCACAUCCUGUGCGUCCUGGCAUGUUUCUUGAAACAGUUUCUAAGGUGUUAGGUGGCAUAUAUGGAGGAAAUGUCUCUGGAGUUACAGCACAGCAUCUUGAAUGGGUUCAUCAGAACACACUUCAAAUACUUCAAGAGAUUGCAUUCUAGUUGUUCCUUGCACUACUUCCCAGGAACUUCUCGAGACGAAAGUUAAUAUAUCCUGCCCACUUAUCUUGGAAGCCUCAUAAAAUUUGGUAUUUGAAUAUUUCACAAUCUAUGUAUGAU